AUGAUGUGGUGUGAGAAAGAGGCGGUGAAGGCGUCGAAUUAAUGGCUUUCCUUUGAGAAAGGAGGCGGAGAGAGACCCAAGCAGGUGGUAUGAAGGAACGAGGUGUUAAAGGUAGCGAUUCACCUCCGGUCUUCUGGAGGGGAGGAGGAGCCUAAAUGAGACUGAGAUUUCGGAGCUCGCCUACUGCCGCCCUUCAAGCACACAAGCUACCGGACAUCGCUGCCCCGCACCGUCUUUUAGGUGUAGAGGUACAUGCAACGGAUCUCGGUCUGAUCGUCCGGUAUUAUUAUUUUUUCCAUAUACAAACUUAUAUGGAUGAGACUUUGAAUCAUUUCGUGAACAGAAGGAGACAAUAAAACUGGAACGGACGAUGAGGAAGAUUUUCCUAUGGCUGCUAUUGCUUUGCCUUCCAACGGCCUUUCAGAAGUGCAUUUUUGAUGAUAUCCAGCCAUGGGUCAGAGUAGUGAGCCCAUUGCCAAAUCAGCCUACCUCUCCCAAACACACAGGAGACAAUCAAACCAGGAACACUAAUCCAAAGGCUCCUCAACGUACCGACAGAGUCGUGUCCCAGAAGCACCAGAGGAUAAUCAGGCAAAUUACCUCAAGGACACAAAGUAAUUCAUCAGGUCUUCUGCCAAUCAGAAUAAGAACAUGGAUUCCUCAGGAGAGCUUUGCCCUGUCACAUGUGGAAAGAGAGCGACUGGAAUUGGCCACGUCCAAGGCUGUCGGAAUUGUAUCUGACAUCCUGUCAGUGGACAGAAUCCCUGGUCGGAUGUUGCUCAGUAGAGACAUCAACAAGUUCUGCAAGUUCAUCUGGAAGGACGCUGCUGUCAUCAACUACAACAAGUGUGCGAGAGCCAAUGAGAACUACAGAAUGGAGAAUUGCCUCGAUGUCACUAUCCCUGAUGACCACCUGAGUGGCUGUGGUGUUUAUCUCCACCCAAACUCCCAAACCAUGCUGGUUCUCAGACCAGAGGGCAGGGGGCUUCCUGACACAGACUUUGUGCUGUAUCUUCACACCCGCAGUACCGACAAGUGCCAUGCAGAACCUGGUGUUCUAGCUUACGCAGCCCACUGCCAGACAGAUCGACGUGGUCGGCCACUGGCUGGAGUUGUCGUCAUCUGUAGGAAUGCGUUUCAUGGGGAAGGUUAUAGCCAUUCCCGCAUGGUGCAGACCAUUAUGCAUGAGCUGUUCCAUGUGCUUGGAUUUUCCAAAGAGCUUUUUGACACGUGGAAGGACUGCUCCCAUUCAUCCAGAAUUGGGGAGGACUGCUUAUCUCAUGGUCAGGUGACGAACAUAGAUGGGACUGGUCAGGUGAGGAUCUACACCCCGUCUGUCAUCCGUGCCAUGCAGAAACAUUUGGGGUCCUCUGAGGAAGAGCUGGGUGGCCCUCUGGAGAACCUGGCAGCCAAUGAGCCUUCAUCGCACUGGGAGGCCCGGGUUCUGCAAGGGUCUAUUAUGGCAGCAGCACUGGACAGACCGGAAUUGGUGCGUGUUGAUCCACUUACCUUAGCUGCCUUGCAGGAUACCGGCUGGUACUAUGUCAACCAGAGUGCAGCUCAAAGGAUGGAAUGGGGAGAAGGGCAAGGGUCACUGUUUGGGUCCUUGGCCACCUGUCAUGACAACUCAUCCACCUUCUUCUGCACAGGCAGUGGAUUAGGUUGUCAUUACCUUCAUUUCCACAAGGGGGUGUGCCAGAGUGAUCAGUAUUUGGAAGGGUGUCGCAUUUACAAGCCUCUGACUAAUGAGAGCGAGUGCUCGAAGGAAAGCAACGAUAAGAUAAAUAAGGCAGAGGAAUGGAGUGGAGAAAUCUAUAGCCCAGAGAGCCGGUGCUUUUUCUCCAACCUGAGCAGAGAGAAUAUUUCUCGUUCUGUAAGUGAUUCACCAGCGGGUCGGUGUUACAGGCAUCGGUGUACUGGGAUAAACCAGUACGAAGUAAAGGUGUCUGGUUCUGAAUGGAUGGACUGUCCUGUUGGCACUUCUAUUCAGGUCCCAGGUUACCGUGGGGUUGUCUCCUGUCCUGAUAAGGGGCUGUGUCUCUCCGCCCCUCCCCCACCACAGGACAGCCCUUUCUAUCCGGCCACUCGCAUUCUUGGCUCCUUCGCCACUGACAGGCCCUCCACAGAUGCACCCUCAGCCCUGGACUCUCGGCCUCUGACCUCUGACCCUGCUCCCUUUACUACGGGUUGUGCCGAUGGCCCUGCACACAUUCAGAGCAGCUUCCUUCUGGGCAUAGUAACUGCCCUGUGUCUUCUGGCUCUUCUCAGCAUUCUUCUUUUGGUUUACAGGAAACGGUGUUUUUAUGGAGUGAGGGUGCAUGCUGUUACAUACAUACCUCUUGUCCUGUAGCAAAAUAAUUCAGCCCCUUAAACCAAGUUAGUAGUGUUAGGUAUUACACUACAUAUGGCCAUAUUUUGGGCUACCUGAGCUCCUGUACAGGUAGCUGUUCAUGCAGUUCGUGGGUAACUGAGUCCAGAGAAGAACGACGUGAGUGAGAUUGUACACCUGCUCUGUUUCCUCAGUAAAACAGUGUUCAUUUAAUGUAUAAUUCUCCUCCUCAUUUGGGGACCUACUUCAGUAUAAACAACAGAAGGGGGCGGUGUCUGCUUAUGAUUGGAGGGUUGCUGGUUUGAGUCCAGCCUCAGCAGAACAGUCGCGUCUGUGGGCCCUUGAGCAAGGCCCGUAACCCCCAGCUCCAUGGUGUUGCUGCACUUUGCUGCCAAGCUUACUUUCACCUACACACAUCUGUGUCUCAGGCAGGGCAAGAUGAGGCAGCCAAAAAGAGGGUUUCCUCACAGAGAUCAGUAAAGUAUCAUCAUUUAAUUUUAAGUAGGGGAGGUAUAGAUGGUGUAGUGCUAGAAUAUAAUGGAAGAACUGUUCUCUUUUUCACGUUGUUUUUUUCUUCAC